ACCAACACACACACAAAAGAUCAAAACUUUCUCCCCAUCUCUCGUUUCGUUCGUGCAUAUCAUAUCUCAUCUCAUCUCAUCUCUCUUCCCCCGAAACAAGGGGAGCACACAGCGUCCAGCUAACAGCCCCUCGGCUCCCGCUCUCUAUCCAUCUAUAAAUGCGACGUCCCGAACCAACCUCCAGGAUCCUGAUCUCCAACGGAAUAGAAAGUUGAGAUUUUCCCGGUUCAGAAUUAGAGCCUACAACAGGAAGGUGCGCGUGCGUGCCGGUGGUGAUCAUGAAGCCGCGCGGGCUUCCGGCGGCGGCGGCCGGUGUGCCGGCGAGGCUCCGGCCGCACCUCCCGCGCGUCACCGCCUUCCUCAUCGUCUUCUCCGUCGGCUACUCGCUAGGGAUCGUCUCGUCGUCCGCCCGCCCGUCCACGCCCAAGCCGUCGCAGACCGUCAUACGGCCCCACGCUGCGCACCUCACCGCGGCCUCCGUCGGAGUCACGGCCUCGUCGAACGGCACGGGCGCGGGCGCGGCCUACCCGCGCUCGCCGCCGCAUGACCUGUUCAGGUUCGGGGACAAGUGCGGGGAGGCGGUGCCGGCCGAGGACGUGGUGAAGACGCUUCUUGACAAGCUGUUCGACGGCGAGAGCCCGUACGCGAGCUUCCCGCCGGAGCACACCGCGAAGCUGCUGCACCCGGCGGCGGCGCGGCCGCGCGGGUGGGGGUCGACGGGGGCGGUGUUCGCGGACCUCAUCGAGGAGGUGCGCCCCGACGUGAUCGUGGAGCUGGGCGCGUUCCUGGGCGCCUCGGCGCUGCACAUGGCGGCCGUGGCCAGGAACCUGUCGCUGUCCCCGGCCAUCCUCUGCGUGGACGACUUCCGCGGCUGGCCGGCGUUCCGCGGCCGCUUCCGCCGCGACGUCCCGCAGCAGCGCCACGGCGACGCGCUGCUGCUGCCGCAGUUCAUGGCCAACGUGCUGGCGGCGGGGCCCGAGGCCGCGAAGGCGGUGCUGCCGCUGCCCUUCUCGACGGCGUCCACGCUCGGGGCGCUGUGCCGAUGGGGCGUGUACGCGGACCUCAUCGAGGUGGACGCGGGCCACGACUUCCACUCGGCGUGGGCGGACAUCAACCUGGCCUGGGCCGUGCUGCGCCCCGGCGGCGUCAUGUUCGGCCACGACUACUUCACGGCCGCCGACGACCGCGGCGUCCGGCGCGCCGUGACGCUGUUCGCCAGGGUGAAGGGCCUCACCGUCCGGCCCCACGGCCAGCACUGGAUCCUCUCCCCGAAGCCGCGCGGCGACGGCCGGUGACGCGCGCGUGCUCUCGGUCGGUCUCUCCGGUGUGCGUGCUCGUGCUUGUCGCCGUCACCGGCGGGGCCUGCCACGCACUCCCGCGAGGCAUCCAGCGGAACGGAAACCCACCAUACGUGUCCACGUCCCAGAGCAGAGCAGGACGAAAAGCUUACGUACGCGCCUUGUCCCCGGUCUCUGAACUUGCGAUCGAGGUGUUCGUUCGUCUGGGCCGCCAUUUUUCUUUUCUCCACCAAAAAACACAUUCUUCUUAUCUUACACGAGAGAUCAACAAACACGAUUGUGCACGCACGUCCAUUGUACAUCAAAGGUAGAUGAAAGGCUGUUGUCAUGUUUGGUAACAUAUUACUUAUCGAUCAAGAUGAGAUUGACUACUCCUA